GGUGAAGUACCUCUGUUUAAUCCCAGAGAGAGACGUGGUCCCCCAUCUUCUGGAUUAAUUCCCUGGAAGGACUCCAUGCUGCAAGAAUGUAUGCCGGUCUUGAGCACGGAAUUUUGUAGUCAGCUUCUCCCCAACAAAAAGGUUUUUUGCCCGACAGAAAACAUCCAUAUGCACACGUAUGUGCUUGUAUACAUAUGAGAAGAGGCAUCUCUAUUCAUCGACCUUCUAGGUCUUUGAAGCAGAAACUCCUGACUUUUGCUCCCAAUGUUUCCUGGGAAGGGGAAAGGUGGGUUAGAAAUCAGAAGGCAGAGCAGGAGAGCGGAGAACGAGUGCAACGGUUUUCUGAUGAAGGGCUUUGGCAAGCUUCAAGACGUGAUCAAUCGGAACGGGAAGGCUCCGGAGUGGAGGUUCCCAGGGAACCGGAGCACCCUCAGCAAGUCUGCACAAGCCGUCUCCCGCUUCUACGACAAUGAGGUGGAGGACAAACCAGCUUUGUCAUUGGCCGUGGGCUACAGGGCCCAGGUACAGGGCCUGCAAAGGGCUUUCCUCCUGCGUCCCGGCUGCCCCAGAUUCUGCUCCAAAGCGACGUCCACCUCCCAGUUCGAUCCCUCCAUCUCCUCGGUCUCUGACCUGCCCACGAGCGGGAACAUCCACUACGAAAGCUGUGAGAUGGUGGAUGGGCAGCCGGUGACCAUCGAGCCAGAGGACUUCCCGGUGACGGAGGGGACGGUCUUGUUCAGCCAGAGCGCCGGAGAGGUCCGCGGAUGGAGGCGCUUCUCGGAGGCAGAGAGGGUCCAGGCCGCCGCCCCGGGGUCCAGCACCCAGAGUCUGACCACCCAGCCUCCCGGCCACAAGAUCCCCUGGUACGUCGCGGUGAUCCACGAGAAGGAGCGCUGCCUGCUGAUGCUGGGGGAGGAGAUCGGGCGUCUGUCCAAAGUGGAGGCAGAGUGCUGGCGCAAGGAUAAUGUCAUCCAGGUGCUCAGGGAGGAGGUGGAGAAGCUGGACAGGCAACUCCAAGCUCAGAGAAAGCUCAGCUCCAAGCAGGAGGAGGAAUCCAUCCCCUUGCCAGCUGAUCUCAGCGCCCGAGUCAGCCUGGUCCCCAGCCCGGGUGUCCCAGGGGAGGAGCCACGGCAGGAGAGUCUCAGCGAGGAGCUGAAGGAGGAGGUGGUGGAGCACCUGAAGGCUCGGCUGAGCCCCUCGGAGCAGCCGCCGGACGCGACGCUGGAGUCGGAGCUCGCCAGCCUCUCGGAGAGCUUGAUGAAGGGGCAGGAGGAGCUGCAGCAGCUGGAAAGAGAGUAUUCUGAGAUUCAACUGAAGGACGCGAGGCAAGAAGAGGCCAGCAGAGAGGGUCCGUUGGGCGAGAACAAAGCGGUAGGGGAAAUGGAGCCAGAAGCAGAAGUGGAAGAGGGAGUGUUUCUGUACAAGGAAGUAGAGGAAGAACUACUGGCCAAGUUGCAGGAGUCAGAGCGGGUGAACCGAGAAUUCCAGGAAGAGCUGGACUCCUUGAGGAAUGCGUACUCGGUGGCCACAGGAGCGAUCUCGUCAUUGCAGAGGCAAGUGGACUUUCAGAAAACCCAGCUGUGCAAGGCGGAGGUGGAGCAGGAGAAGCUGCAAAAGGAGCUUCGAGAGCGAAAAAACCAGCUGCAAGCAAUGUCCACCAAGUUCUCCUGCCUCCGGGAAGAUCGGAAACUCGAGGAAAUGAUGGGAGCGAUUGAGAAAGACAACUUGGCUCUCCGACAGUAUGUGUGUGACCUGGAAUCCGAGCUGGGGAAGAGGAUCGAGCAGAUCGGGGAGUUCGGUGGCAGGCUGAGCUGGCUCGAGGGGGAGGUGACUGCGGGCCAGAACCACCUUGAAAGGCAGCAGCGGUGUCAGGCUGAGCUCCAGAGCCAGAACGAGGUCUUGCGGCGCUCAGAGCAGCAGUCCAGGGUCCUCCUGGAGGUGACCCAUUCCAGGCUCGAAAGACUAAGAAACAGGAUCAUCCAAGCCACAUUCAGCACUCCGGGAAUGAAGUCCCCAAACUCGGAGAUCAGUGACAGUGACAUCCUGGAUGCCUUGCAGAGACUGAUUAACGAGCGAGUGGAGUUUCACCAGAUGCUGAAACAGAAAGGCGUCAAAGUCCCCUCGCUCCACCAGACAGAAAUCACGUCGGCCAACCACAAGCCGGCCAGAAGGAGCCCGGCCAAGUAGGGACCUCGAGCCCCGGUUCUCUGCGUGGGGCCUGGUCAGUUUUCCCCGGGGUCCCCUCCUGCUCUCAUCCUGCCAGGCCCCGAAACCUCUCGAGUCUUUACCCCCAGAAUAAACUCAGAGCAGGA